AUGAGAUGUGCCGUCGCGUAUCAGAGUAAGAAAUCGGACAACACACUACGACCGGGCGACGUUAUCGUGUCAAAUCACCCGGCCGCUGGAGGGUCUCAUCUUCCCAAUGUGACGGUCAUCACCCCAUUAUCGGCGAUCAUAACGACGAAGUCCGUGCUGUUCUGGGUCGCUUCCCGUGGCCAACAUGCGAGUAUUGGUGGUAUAGUGGCUGGACCUAUGCCGCCUCACUCGAAGGAAACCUGGCAGGAGGGUGCAUCUUUCAUCGCGUUCAAGCUGGUAAGAGAGGGCCUAUGCAACGUGCGAGGGUUAGUGGAGAUCACCAUACGCAGACCAGCGAUAUUUUGCGGAUGCACCGGGACGAGGACUUGGUCGGAUAACGUGAGUGACCCUAAGGCCCAGGUCGCCGCGAACCGAAAGGGCAUCAAAUUCAUCCGAGGGUCGAUUCGGGACUAUUGGCUGCACACAACUCAGGUAGGGUUUCUCAAUGGUAAUGGUAUCAAUGCUAAUGAAAGAAAUACAUGCGCGGAACCCAGGACAGCGCCGAAUAAAGUGUCGAUCCUGCUUCGAGAAGUUCACGAUAUGCAAACCGUCGGCUACACGAACGACGGCUCGAAGCUCUCACUGCGGGGCAAAAUUAACAAGGGAGCGGGUCAGCAACCUUCGACUGUACAGGACCGCUCGCGAGUAACAUCCCACUCCACCAGGGCCGUCUUGCUCCAAUCGGAAGCCAUUCUCUCCGAAGGCACAAUCCUUUCUCCAUCUACUGACGCUGCAACAGUCGGUGGAAACGUCGAGGCCUCACAACGUGUGAUUGAUCAGGUCCUGCAAAGUUUGCAAGCUAGCGGUGCGAGUCAAGAAACCUACAAUAACCUUGCCUAUGGGUAUGGAGGGCAGCUAGUCGAUGGUGUCCCUGAGCCUGGCUUUGGGUAA